CUUGUCAGAAGUAUAGAGGCGAAUGCCACAGCUGAAAAGCCUCUUUCGACUUUCUGUGUCUGCAAGAAGGAGGUGAAAUGUCGUUUAUCCCUGUGGACGAAGAUUCGGAUUUCCCCAUUCAGAACCUGCCUUACGGGGUCUUCUCCACCAAGGAGCAGCCCAGACCCAGAAUUGGUGUUGCCAUUGGUGACCAAGUGUUGGACCUCAGUGCCAUUAAGCAUCUGUUUGAUGGGCCUAUCCUUUCUAAGCACCAUCAUGUCUUUGAUCAGUCAACCCUUAACCGUUUCAUGGCAUUGGGCUGGGAAGCAUGGACAGAAGCCAGAGCGCUUCUCCAAAAGCUGCUGUCUCGCAAAGAGCCGAUGCUGAGAGAUAACGUGGAAUUACGCAAAAGAGCAUUUGUACCACAGGCUUCGGCAAUAAUGCACCUUCCUGCUGAAAUUGGAGACUACACGGAUUUCUAUUCCUCCCGACAGCAUGCUACAAAUGUUGGGGUGAUGUUCCGAGGAAAGGAAAAUGCUCUGAUGCCCAACUGGCUGCACCUGCCAGUUGGGUACCACGGACGCGCCUCUUCCGUCGUCGUAUCUGGGACGCCGAUCAGGAGGCCAGUGGGACAAAUGCGACCUGAUGAUGCAAAACCCCCGGUGUUCGGUGCUUGCAAACUUUUGGAUAUUGAACUGGAAAUGGCUUUCUUUGUAGGCCCCGGAAACAAACCCGGGGAGGCGGUUCCCAUCAGCGAAGCUCACAAGCACAUCUUUGGGAUGGUCCUGAUGAAUGACUGGAGCGCACGUGACAUUCAGAAAUGGGAAUAUGUCCCCCUGGGUCCAUUUCUGGGCAAGAGUUUUGGCACCACCAUCUCGCCGUGGGUGGUGACUAUGGAAGCUCUGAUGCCGUUUGCACUGCCGAAUCCUAUCCAGGAUCCAAGGCCACUGCCCUACCUCUGCGAUGAUCAGCCUUAUACUUUUGACAUCAACCUUUUCGUUGCUAUUAAAGGAGAUGGAAUGAGCAAGCCUGCUAAUGUUUGCCACUCAAACUUUAAGCACAUGUACUGGACCAUGAAACAGCAACUGGCUCACCAUACCAUCAACGGAUGCAACCUCAGACCUGGAGACCUCCUGGCCUCUGGAACUAUUAGCGGGCCUGAUCCCGAGAACUUUGGUUCCAUGUUGGAAUUGUCGUGGAAAGGGACAAAAGCCAUUGACCUUGGUCACGGCCAGUCUCGUAAAUUUCUGCAGGAUGGAGAUGAAGUCGUUAUAACAGGCUACUGUCAGGGAAACGGUUAUCGUGUUGGCUUUGGCGAAUGUUCCGGAAAAGUGCUCCCAGCCAGACCUGUCUGAUCGUUUUCUUUGGAGGAUAUCCCAGAGGGGAGAAAGAGGAAGGAGGGACCCUGAAGAUAACACUGUUGGGGAUCUCUCUCCAUAUUUCUAAAAUGCUGUGGAGGUUUCAAAAUCUAUGGAGAAUGCUUAAUUGUUGGCACUUUUAUUAACAGUAUUUUUUAAACAAUAAACAGUGAAUCUAGUUGUCUUC